CACGUCAGGAUUUCGCCCGCGCACGUGAUUGGGUGAUGACGUCAAAAGCCGGUGCCUCUAAAUUGAAGUGACCUUCUUUGCGACCGCCAGAGAUCGCUCACCGACCGAGAGAAGCAGCUUAUUAUCCCGCAUAUUUUAACCAAAAGCUGACUAUGGGUGAUAUUGCCAAAGGAAAGAAGGCUUUCGUCCAGAAGUGUGCCCAGUGCCACACAGUAGAGCAGGGGGGGAAGCACAAGGUAGGCCCUAACCUCUGGGGUCUGUUCGGACGCAAGACUGGGCAGGCAGAGGGCUACUCGUACACUGACGCCAACAAGAGUAAAGGUAUUGUGUGGGGUGAGGACACCUUGAUGGAGUACCUGGAGAACCCCAAGAAGUACAUACCUGGAACCAAAAUGAUCUUCGCUGGCAUCAAGAAGAAGGGCGAGCGCCAGGACCUCAUUGCGUACCUUAAAUCGUCAACAUCAUGAACUAGUCACUAACAUUAGAAUAUUUAAUGUCAUCUUAUUGCGUUUGUUUUUCUGUCGUAUUUUUAGGCUCUCACACAUUAGUUUUAUGUUAAGUCGUUUGCAAUUAAGGUUAUUUUAUGCCGUCUAAGUUUGGAAAAGUGGCACCUCCUCUGAGUUCACAACUCGUGUCACUUCCUCUUUAAGGUCUGAGCGCAAGCAGUUGUUCAAAUGGCCAAGCAUAAAACUACGGUUUUGGUUUCUGUACUUUGACUCUAAUGAGGAGAAAACGACUAAUCCCAUUUUCUAUUUUCUCAUUCUGUUUUCCCAUGGCAACAUGUGUCUGGUACGUUCUGCCAGCAGAGCCAUCCGCCAUCAACCUCAUUUUUAAACUUAUUACUAAAAGAAAAGUAACCUAAAUAAAUGAGCAACAUCAGAGUGAAACUGGGUGGAAGUUGUUGGUGGUUAGCUGGUGCUGACUCGUGUCUAUUCCCAAGCUUUCAGGCCAACUGGAGUUUCCAACCCAACCUUAGAGGAGUUGACAGUGUGGAUUUUUGACACUUCGUCUUCUCUGUCGUUGUAGAUUGAAGGUCAGAAACUACCACUUGCCAUGAAUGCUCUUUUAAAUUACACAGCCCGAAUUUUAUGCACCACAGUAUCCAAAACCCUUGGGGAAAAAACCUGUUUCAUACAGAGCUGGAUCUGUUGGGUUAAUGAAGCCCCCCCCCCCCCCCCCCCCCCCCCCCCCACAACAGUCAUCAGACUCAAUACAUAGUGAUUAUAAUAAGUGUGCUUACCUGCUUCAUUACAGCUGCGCAUUUUGGGGUAUGACUGUAUGUAUAUUUACAUACGAAUGCCUUCAAAACCACCAAGCUGACUGCUGUACUACAGUAUGUAAAGUGUCAAGGGCAGCAUCUAAAGUGGGGGAAGAUUUUGUUAUUUACCUGGUUUCACAGGCCGGAAAGAGUUGUAACUUAUUUUACUGUAACGUGUUUUUGACGGGGGCUACUUGCUGUCGAUGUACACAGCAAAACAUUGUAUGCACAUGAACAAAAUUAUAAUGCUACGUUGUGGACAGGAUGGAUGAAAAGGAUCAAUUAAAAGGAAAUGUCCAGGAAUGU